GACCAAUAGGAUUGCGAGAACGAGGCGAUUGACACCUCAGUGACGAAAAACUGCGGGCCAGCUGUCACAGCGCGCGAAAGAUCAAAAUUGAUAUUCAGUGUGUAAGGUUAGGGAACAGGCGGGAGGAAGAGAAACAGCCCGGCUAAACGCUUUCUAAAUGUGCUUUAAAAUCCUAAAAUAGACUUUGCCGCGCAGACAUUUGCUUUUCUACGUCUGUUGUUGCUGCUGCUGAGAUUCGACAAAGCGUUGUCUCCGCUGGUUUAUUUUACAAAAGAGCGGACAAAGAUGAGCCUGGUCGUCUCUCAACAACAGGCAGAGGGGCUCCUGGUUGUGGCCCAAACAGCAACGGAGAGUGAUUCAGACAGCGGGAUGGGCUCCCCAGCAGAGGAGAUGGUCAUAGAGACAGCAAACAAAAGAGAAGAGCUUCCAGAUUCUGAUGACGAUGAAGACAUCACAGUUCACAGAAAGCCACAUCGUAAUGCCAUUAGAGACAGUGAGGAAGAAGAGGCAUCUGCGGAGAACAGUGUACACAUGGCCGAAGCACUGGUCUUAUCUGCUUCCAGCGGAGAGGAGAUGGAGACUAGAGAGGCAGAGGAGAAGGAUGAGAGGAAAGCAAGAGGGGCAAAGAAGAGCAAGAGAAUAAGCCGUGCUCCCAUUGACAGCGAAGACAGUGAGCCCGAGCAACAGGGAUGUGGAGAAAUGGAGGAGCAACGGGAGGAGGUGAGAAAGGACGCAAAAUCGAUGAAAGAAAGGAAGAAGAGCCAGAGGCAUCGGGAGAAAAAGGAGAAGCGUAGCAAAGUGGUGGAAAAACUGAAGAAGAAAGAGAGGUUCUCUGAAAUGAAUGAGAACACACCUCUCCCUCGGGCUCUGAAUGACAGUGGAUGCCUGCUGGGUGACACAGACCUGUUUGACACUGGUCUGGACAAUGAGGAGGAAGAGGAGUCUCUUGAUGCCAUCCGAGCUGCUGUCAAGCAAAAGAUGAAAAAACAGAAGGAUCCUCUCCUGGAUGAGGAAGAGGAGGAAGAGGAAGAUGCAGCAGGGAAACCCCAGCGUGUGGAGAGGAAAGCCGCACGCGCCAGCAAAGAAGCAAUGAAGCAGCUCCACAGCGAGUCUCAGAGGCUGGUCAGAGAGUCUACACUAGGCCUGCCCUACCACAUCCCUGAGCCGAAGACCAUCGACCAGUUCUUUAGGAAGAGAGCCAGGCCAGAGGGGCCUGCCAUGGCUUUGUUGAAAUCCACAAAGUAUUCAGCCAUGAUGUUGGAGACACCGUCAGCUCCUCCUCCACCUCCCACCAACCCACCCAACGAGCCUCUGCAGCCGUCCACAGAGCCGGACUCUUCUCCCUCUGAAGAUCUGUCAUCCACUCAGGUCCAGCCCAUACGCCAUCCUGCCGCCACCUCGUCCCCGCAGCAGGAGAGCCUCAACCAGGCCAGAGAGGCAAUUGCGAGCCUAGAUCCCGACCAGGAAUCUGGACCGAUGCUUUACCUCUCUGAGAGUCUGCAGGAGUCAGUCACAACAGAUGAAGCGGUGAGACCUGAUUCUGGAGAAGAAACGUCUCCUGCACAUUUAGAACAAAGUCACACUGCAGUAAUGUCUGACUCUGAUGCCCUGCAAAAAGAAUCUGUGUCUGGGGCUUUAGUGCAGCCUUUAGCCACUCAGUGUGACUGCACUGAUCCAGUUGCAGCAGAGCCUUCAGCUCAGCAACUCACCAAACCCAAGAAGGACAGAUUGGCCAGACUGAAGAAGCUUGGACUGGACCCCCCACCCGUCGCUAAAUUGUGUCCAGAUGACGGGGCUUUUGUUCAGCUCGAGCUCCCACAGCCCAACCCUGGUGUGGAGGCCCUGAAGGAACGUUACCUUCGUCACGUCAAGGCACCUGUACGCCCUCAGGGAGAGCGAACAAUGCAGCUCGACAUCGUCCGCAAAGACAGCACCCCGUCCGGCCAGGAAGAGUUGCACACAGAGUCAGUCACUGUCACUGUUAAAGAGGGAGCAGAGAAGCCUGCUGCAACCAAACCAGGAGAGAAGCUGCUGACUCUUAAGCAGCGCCUGCAGCUCGCCAUGGCCCAAAGGAGACAGGAGGAGAGGGCACGCAGAGCUGAGCUAAAUCGCCUUGACAAUGAAGACUGUGGAGAGGAGGAAGAGGAGGAGGAAGAUAUGACCGAUGAGUCUGAGGAAGAAGAGAAUGUAGAUGACUUACUGGGAGGUGAUGAUGGUGAGGAAGAAGAGAAGGAACAUGAAGAUGAGGAAGGCAGUGUGGCCCAGAGUAUCAGGAGUCCUUCUCCUGUGGCACUAAACGGUCCUUCACCGACUCCUGACCUGAUAAACACUGAUGGCACGCUCAUGCUGUUCCCUGGGAACUCCUGCUCUCGUACCGGUGAUGGUAUAAGAAGGUCUGGUCCUUCUGGACAGGACAGCAGCAGCAAUAAGAUGGAAGAGGACGACUCUCUGUCCCUGAUGAAGGACAACAGCCACAACAGCAGCUUUGAGUUAGCAGGAUCUAUGAUAACCUCCUACCAGCCUGUGAAUCAUCAGCGCUCCGCCGGAAGAAGUAUCUCCAACUAUUCCAUUUUCCGCUCCCCUUCUCCCUGCCACUUCAGGCCCAGCUUCCUCGGCUCUGCCUCCAAGAGUUCAGGCAAACUCUCCGAGCGCUCUCUUUGCCUCCCUGUUGAGGAUUCCCAAGACUUGUAUGCACCUCCAUCCCCAGGAGCAGAUUCGGGUCCCCUGGGCGAAGCAGCUUCUGGGCCUGGUCUGGGAGGAGACUCCCAGGGUCGCUUCUCCCUGGAGGACGACACCCACUCCCAGUUACUAGAUGCAGACGGCUUCCUUAACGUGGGCCCACGGCCCGGUGCACCUCGCUCCCACAAGAGACAGUUGAUCCUGGACAGCCUGGAUGAAAAUGCGAUGGAUGCCAACAUGGGGGAACUGUUAGGCCUGUGCUCAGGUGGUUUUGGGACAGCGCAGGGUGGCUCAAGCAUGGCUGGAGACCUCGGAGCAACACAGGAGGAUGAGAUGCUCGGGUUGUGCUCUGGAGCGUUUCCACCAACACAGGCCGGAGAGGAGCACAUGGAAACAGAAAAGAGUAAGGGGAGAGGACAGGAUGAAGAAUCUGAUAAUACCAUGGAUCAGCUGCUGGGGCUGUGUUCAGGGAAAUUUCCUAGUCCAGGUUCUGCUCGCACGGCUUCGCCAGCACAAGACAGUAAAAAGAAGCCAGAGGAGGAAGAGCAGGAGGAAGAGGACUGCGAGUUCCGACUUAUGUCAGAUGUGGAAAGUCACAGUGAACAGGAGGACAAUGAUGAAGAUGGUGGAGAGGAGGAGGAGGAUGCAGAUAGAGAGGAAGACGAGGCAGAUGCUGAUGAAGACAAUGACGUAGAAGAGGAGGAGAUGCAGGGCGUCUUUGCAUCACACGGGGUGAAGAAAAAGAAGAAGAAAAUGCGUUUGGCCGACUAUCUGGAGUCGGAGGCUGAGCUGUCCGGCAGUGACUUGGACAGCGACGAUGAGGACGGCGACAGAGGGAGUGAAUACGAAGAAGAGGAGCUUCUUGAGGAGCUUCCCUCUGAUGAAGAGCUGCAGGACCAGGUCAACAAGAUCCACAUGAAGCAGAUAAUGGAUGAUGAUAAGCGUCGUCUGAGGCUCUACCAGGAGCGUUACCUCGCUGAUGGCGACCUGCAUUCUGAUGGACCGGGACGAGCGCGCCGCUUCCGUUGGAGGAAUAUGGAUGAUAGUUUCAACAUGGACAGGACGGGAGCUGAGGGCGAGGAAGAGGAGGAAGAUGAGGUGGUGGACCUAUCUGAGGUCCAAAGGCGGAAAGAGAGACUAGAAAGAGAACAGUGGCUCAGAGAACAGUCUGAACAGAAAGCCAAGAAAGGGGAAGAUUUGGAUGCAGAUGAUAAGAUUGGAGGGGAAGACAGUCAGUUUAUGAAGCUGGCCAAGAAACUGACUGCCAAGACUUUGCAGAGAAAAGAGUCCUCUGCGGCACCACAACCAGAAAAGACAACAUCAGCUCUCAAUCCCUUCCAGAGACCCUCGCAGGUACAGGUGAGGAGAGGGUCACUACUGAGUCAGCCUCGGUCCGUCCUCCUGAAGCUGGCCUCGAUCUCGGAGGGGAAUCCUCUGGCUCCCAGAAACAGUAAAGGAUUCCUGUUUCAAACUCUGUCUCCUGAGAAGGACAACUCGACCUCAAACGCUCCCAAGGAACAGGUGAUGAAGAAGAGGGGGCCGGUGGGAACGGUGAAGCCAGCAGCAAAGAGGGUCUGCCGGGAGAACAGACCUGCAGAACAGACUAAAGGCCCCCAGAGGAGCAUCUUCAACUUCCUGGACCACUGAUGUUGUGAUACACUUACUGAAUGAUAAUCAUCAGCAGGCUGGGAAGCAAACCGAUGAAGGCCAGAAUUUACCAUCCAUAACCAGUAUUUUACCAACCAAUAAGAAUUAAAUAAUGAAUGAGGUGGUAAAGUGAUGGUUAUGUGCCAUAGUGGCUGGUGGAUGUCCUCUGUAUUACUCAUUAAACACAAAUACAUAUGCUUGUACUGUAUGUGUUAAGCAUGUUUACAUUGCCUUAAAGUGGCAAACUAAAGCACACCACUGAGGCAUCUUUUGAUUACUUUUUCUUACUCACACUUGCUGUUCAUUCGUUUGGCUUCUUUGUCAAAAUUUUAAAUCCGUUCCGCCAUCAGAAGCAUUCAUCUGUCACACCUUACUUGACUUAAUUUAGCCUCUCUGACGGAGGUCCAUUUAAAAUGUUUUAUCAUGUAAAUAGGAUUUGUUUUUUAAUGGUUAGGGAACUUUUGUAUGAUGAUUUAAAUGUAUUUGUUUUA